CGGAAGUGGACGAAUUUGAAUUGUGUGGGCCGUUGGAUGGGGCCGUUCCCGGAUGGCGUGUGGCGCAGCGCGAGAAGGGAAAAGUGACACAGCCGCUCUGGAACUUCUGCCCAGCGCGCCUCGUAAAAUGAAUGAAAGUAAAACUGGAGGCUCACAGAAUCCCACUUGUGUUUUCUGUCGAAAAAAUGAUGACUGUCCUAUUAAAUAUGGAGAAAAGAAAACUAAUGAGAAAUGGAAUCUCACUGUACAUUACUAUUGUUUGUUGAUGUCAAGUGGAAUUUGGCAGAGGGGUAAAGAAGAAGAAGGAGUUUAUGGUUUUCUAAUAGAAGAUAUCAGGAAAGAAGUGACUAGGGCUUCGAAACUGAAAUGCUGUAUUUGCAAGAAAACCGGUGCUUCAAUUGGAUGUGUCACACCCCGAUGUAAACGAAGUUAUCAUUUCCCAUGCGGACUUCAGAGAGAAUGUAUUUUCCAGUUCACUGGCAAUUUUGCGUCAUUUUGUUGGAACCAUCGACCUGUUCAGAUAAUUACAUCUAAUAAUUAUAGAGACUCCUUACCAUGCACCAUUUGCUUGGAAUUUAUUGAGCCUAUUCCAACUUACAGCAUAUUACGAAGUCCUUGUUGUAAGAAUGCUUGGUUCCAUAGAGACUGUUUACAGGUUCAAGCAAUAAAUGCAGGAAUGUUUUUCUUUAGGUGCACAGUAUGCAAUAACAGUGAUAUAUUUCAGAAAGAGAUGUUGAGAAUGGGAAUUCAUAUUCCUGAAAAAGAUGCAUCUUGGGAAUUAGAGGAAAAUGCUUAUCAAGAGCUUCUGCAGCACUAUGAGCAUUGUGAUGUCCGAAGAUGUCGUUGCAAAGAAGGGCGAGACUAUAAUGUGCCUGACAGCAAAUGGGAAAUAAAGCGCUGUCAGUGUUGUGGUUCUCGCGGAACACAUCUAGCCUGUUCCUCACUACAAUCAUGGGAACAAAAUUGGGAAUGUUUGGAAUGUAGAGGUAUUCUUUACAAUUCAGGCGAUUUCCAAAAAGCCAAAAAACACACAUUACCCAGCACUAAUGUGGGAAUAACUGAUUGUUUGUUGGAGGAAUCUUCACCUAAAUUACCCAGACAGUCUCCUGGAGCCCAGCGUGAAGACCUGCUGAGGCAAGGCAGCAAAUUUAGAAGAGAUAUUUCAACUCUAAUAAUAGAGCUAGGAUUCCAAAUUAAAAAAAAAGCUAAAAGAUUAUUUAUCAACAAAGCCAAUAUCUGGAAUAGUGCCUUAGAUGGAUUCAGAAAUCACAACUUUAAUCCUUCAUAUACAAUUGAAAUAGCAUAUGUUAAUGAAAAUGAUCAUUUUGGAAAAGAGCAGCCUGGAUCAAAGCAAGAAUUCCUAAGUCUCUUAAUGCAGCAACUUGAGAACUCACCAUUGUUUGAAGGGUCCUUGUCAAAGAACUUGUCUCUCAAUUCUCAAGCUCUGAAAGAGAAUCUUUACUAUGAAGCUGGCAAAAUGCUUGCCAUUUCUUUGGUUCAUGGUGGUCCUUCACCUGGUUUCUUUUCUAAAACCUUAUUUAACUGCCUUGUUUAUGGACCAGAAAGUACCCAACCAAUUUUAGACGAUGUCUCAGACUUUGAUGUGGCACAGAUUAUAAUCAGGAUAAAUACUGCAGCAACUGUGGCUGACUUAAACUCUUUACUAAAUGAAUAUUAUAAUUACCUAGAGCUUAUUGGAUGCCUAAGACUUAUAACAUCAUUAAGUGAUAAAUAUAGGUUGGCAAAAGACAUACUUGUUUAUCAUGUAAUUAAGAGAGUCCAAGCACCUUUUGAAAGUUUUAAACAGGGUCUGAGAACUCUUGGUGUUUUGGAGAAAAUUCAGACUUAUCCAGAAGCAUUUUGUAACAUCUUCUGUCAUAAACCUGAGAAUCUUUCCACAAAAAUUCUUAGUGAUCUUUUUACAGUACACACAUUAUCUGACGUACAGGCUUUGGGGUUUUGGAACAGUUACUUACAGGCUGUUGAGGAUGGUAAAUCUACAGUAACAAUGGAAGACAUUCUUAUUUUUGCUACUGGUUGCAGUUCCAUUCCACCUGCUGGAUUUAAACCCACUCCAUCAAUUGAGUGCCUUCAUAUGGAUUUUCCUGUUGGAAACAAGUGUAAUAACUGCUUAGCUCUUCCUAUCACCAGUACCUAUAAAGAAUUUCAAGAAAAUAUGGACUUUGCCAUAAAAAACACUCUAAGAUUAGAAAAGGAAGAAAAUUCUCACUUCAUUGGACAUUAACUGUUUUGAACAAAGAGAUGCUUCUUUAAAAGCUGCUUUAAAAGUUGAUACUUUUUGUUUCAGAAAUCUGUCCGUCAUCACUUUUGAGCAAACUUGGCCCAAUAAAAUAUAUGAUAUGAACAUAAAGGAAUAUUUUGGCCACUUAAGCUAAAAAGUUUUUUGUUAAGGUGUACCAAAGUUGAUACUUUUCUAUUUUCUUAAUAUACAUGCUUCAUAAACCUCAAUACAAAUACUUUUAGAAUGGCUGUACAGACUUUCUUCAACUAUAGUAGCAUGCUAUAUAUAAUAAGAAAACUUGUACUCACUGUUUUUGUAAAUUGGGAUUAGCUAUAGGAUGCCACAGUGAUUUUUCUAGUUUUAUUCAAUUUUCAAAUUAUUACUUAUUUUAUUUUAAAGCAUUAAAUAGGAAAGCUAAAUGAUAAAUCUUGUAUAAAUCAAAGUCAUAUUUUGGGGGGUGUGUUAUAUGUAUCCUUUUCUGGGAUGGCACUAAAUUAGUUAAAAAUGUUUUUAGAUUAUUAAGUUAUGUUAAAAUAGAUCCACACUGCAAUUAGAUUAUGCCUAAAGGGAAGUAUUAUAUUAAAAAGCAGAAUUGCACAAAUAUUCUAGAAUCUAUGGACAUUCCAUAGUCUUAAAACACUUCUGAGGUGGAUUAAAAUACAGUUGAAAAUCCCUAAGUAAGUGUCUUCUUUAAAGCCUUUGGCUUUAAUCAUAGGAUUUUUUUUUUUCAUGUAUCCCAUGUGUGGUAUUAGACCACAUUAUGUCUUAUCCACAUUUUAGGUUAUCUGAAUAGAAUGAUCUCUGUGGAUUGCCAUUUGGUAGGUUUGGCUAUUUGACAGUUAUUUAUUAUCAAGAUGGUUGUAUGAAAGGUAAGCUGGCACCAUUGCAUUAUAUAGUUAUCUUCUUUGCUUUUGAAAGGUACCUGUUAUAUAAACAAUGUAGAAAUGUGUAAGAAAGAAUUACAAAUAGAAUGAAAAACCCACUCUAAUCUCAACCAUGCAGAAUUAACUGUUAUCCUUCUAUAAACUCUUCCAUUUCCUUUUUUAAACUUUAUUAAUGCUACUAAAAGUCAAAGAAUACCUAGAAGUAACAAGAGAUUAUGUAAUAACAAUUUGAAGAUACCUAAUCCCAUAGUUGUGUCACCAUAUUUGUACUCUUGCAAAAGAAACUGGAAAAGUCUAAUGUUCCUAAUCUGUUAUCAAAUAUAAAUGGGUUUUUCACCAGAAUAAAUCGUAUGAGAGGUAAAAUGCUUGGUUUUAAGCACAUUUUUCUUGCUACAUAAAGCAGGUAUCAGCCAUAUUCUCAUCCUCUCCAAGAAGCAUCCUUAAAUUAUUGAUAUUUUUAAAGACAAAUGACAGGAUUGGUUUGAUACUGGUAAUUAAUCUGUUAUUAAUACCAAAGGAAAACUAAAACAUAAUCCUAGUAAAAUUUUGUUACAUUUUCUAACAGACCCAGCAAAUUAAAGUUUAACUUUAACAUGAAGGUUUUAAAACAUUAAACAAGGCAUUUCUUUGUCUUGUGUUGAAUUCUGUUAAAUUAUCAAAAGUAAUUAAAGGAGCAAUUAUCAAAAAAGAGGUUUAACCUCACCAUACAGCUUUUAUUCCAAAUGUGUUGAUAAACUGGAUAUUUUAUUUCUUAACCUACCUAGUUUUUAUAAAAUUUUAAAAGCCAUUAAACCAAUACAAACCAGAAAACCUAAUUAAAGCUAUUUUCUGGUUAUUUGUAGUUUGAAUUCAUUUAAUUACAGUGGUAAUUAAAGCUGUUAAAACUCACAUGCUUUUUGGGUGGGGAGGGCUGGUGGGGAGGCAGUGUGCUUGGGUUAGCUACAAUUAAAAACAGUGUUUCAAUUCUUUUAUGUGUAGACAGGGCCUUAGGGAUAAAGUGAUGUAAAUAACUUAGUAUAUUCACGUUUUAAAGUGAAGUAUAAAUAUUCAUAUUGCAAAAUAUUUUCUGGCUUUAAGAAUGUUCCAUCAGUAUGAUUUUAGAUUAAUCUUUACAGUCAAGAUACGUCAGAGAAACCUGACAUAGGUUAUUUUCUGCAUUGUUACUAUGUCAAAUGGUUGGUAUUAUGUUUGUUCUUUUUCUGUUCAUUGUUAUAGCCAAUGCAUAGUUCCUACUGACAUUGAUUUUAAAAAGGAAUUAUGCUAUAAACCUUUAUAAAUGUGUAUAUGUAUUUCUUAAAUAUUUCAGUUGUCUAAAUGACAUAUAUUUCAAGUUUGUUUUCUGUUACUCUCAUUAUCAAGAAAAAGCAUAAAUUCGCCUUGUAUGCAUCUACUGUUAAUGGUCUUAGGUUAGUUUUAUAUUCAUUUUUUUUAAUAAUUUAAAAUUUUUUGGUGUGAGAACUUCAUCUGAAGGCAUUUAUGCAAUUCUCUACUAUUCUCGUACUUAGUCAUUUUACUAUUUUAGUAUUUAAGGUAAAGAUUCUUUAAAAUAUCAGAAACUAGCUCAUGACUUUAUACUUUGUAAUAUUUGAUUUCCGUAUUACAAAUUAGUCAUUAUUUGUUUGGGUGAAGUAAAAAGCUUUCAUUUGAUUACUAACUUGAGAAUUUACUUUGGCUUCUGCUUUAUUCCAAACUUCUUAUAAUUUUUUCCCCUAAUUAUAUGGAAGCUCUUGGAACUUUUGUACUCAAUGCUAAAUGUGCAGUAAAGGAGAGUGUAAUAUAAUAGGUAAGUUUUCUCCGUGACUUUGCCUUUUACAUUCAGUCAUUAUAAGAAAAUGAUUAGAACAAGAUUCUAUUUAUAAGUGUGUAAUUCUUAUAUAUAGUGCUUAUCACAGCUUUGUUGCUAAUUUUACAAUAAGCUAUUAAACUAGUUUUAUGCUCUACGUGAUGCAAUGUAAAGCAUAAAAACACAUUGAUGGAUUACUUGAAUGUGUAUUACAUAUAGUUUAGGAAAAUUUGCAUUGCUUUGAAGAAAUCCUAUUUUAAAGUUCUCAUUUUGACUGUUAUCUUUUCAAAUUGCCAAACAUAUUCCAAUAUCUACUGUAUGCCAGGUAUUAUGUUAGGUGAUAGUUUAUGUCAGCCUAGUUUCCCUUUUUUUAAAGACUUCAGAUACAACAAAAAAAAAUGACACUUAUAAUGAAGUUUUCUAAAUAAAUGUGUUUCUGCUACUAAAUGUGAAGUGCUUAUAUAAACUAAAUCAAGUAACUUGUUAGGAUUUAACAAGGUUAAAAUUCUGACAAUACUGUGUAGAUAAUAGAUCCUUUCCCCAUUUGAGAGAUCCUGCAAGCAAUUAUCGGCUGACAGGUAGGAACCUCUCUUGAAUGAGCUGUUCUGAGGUAUUCUCUGUUAAAACUAUCUAUCCCCUAAUGUAAAAUAAUAGUUUGCCAGAAUAAUUAUAUUAUUUUAGCCCAACAUCUGGAUAGGUAGAGUCAGUUAAACCACUAAAAAAGUUAGGUUAACUAACACUCUAACAGCCAUAGUUUAAUUCUUUCCUUAUUCUAAAAACACAUUACAAAUACCUACUCAGUCUUAGCAUUACAGGGACUGUUUGUUUACUGCCACUGUUCUGUGGGACAUAUAUUUCCUAUACAUUUGUUUGCCCACACUGUGUGCACUCCUUGGUCAGGACAGUUUUUAUCAUUUCAAAUGUAUAUACUGUACACAAAUGUUAAACAUGCCUUAGUGUUCUAUGUCAAAUGAGUCAUAUAUUUUGGGAGGUCUAUGCUGGAGCUCUGAAAUGGUUAGGUAGAUUUGCAUUUGAAAGUAGAAGUAAACAAAUGAACAAGAUUGGGCUCUCAGAUGUUGACAGUGGGAAAGCCUGUUUAUUUUAUAUUCCAUGAAGACAAAAAAUUAAGUAGAACUUUCCCAUAGGGCAGGAACUGUCAUUUCUGUUUAAUCGCAACACACCUAGUUCAUUGGUGAUUCCAGUUUUCUUUUUUUUAUUCCACAUAUAGGAAGCAGUAAAAAAUCAGCUAUAAGAUGAGUAUGGUCUGAGGAUCUAAUAUAUAACGUGACUGUAGUUAACUGUACUGUAUAAUUGAAAUAUGCUAAGAGAGUAGAACUCAAAAGUUUUCACCAAAAAAUAAAUAUAUAUGUGAGAUGAUAAAUGUGGUAAAUAAGUGGGGGGAAUUCUUUCACAAUGUAUACAUAUAUAUCAUAUCAUCACAAUGUACGUUUCAGAUAUGUUGCCAAAUUUAUCAAUUAUACCCUCAAAAAAGGUGAAAAAAAUUUACACAAGGAAAAAAAAGAAUGUAGGUCCAGUUCUAGGGUGUUCCCUAAUGGCAUUAAGAAUGAG